UCUGCAAUAUAAGGCAGCCCACACCACCAAACUUUUCAUUUCAGCUUGUCAAACAAGAAAAGCACAACUUUAAUACGCUAACAGGAGAGAAAACGAAAUACAAACAGAAAAAAAUGAAGCUAGUUUGGUCUCCGGAGACAGCAUCCAAGGCUUAUAUCGAUACUGUUAAAUCUUGUGAACUUCAUCAUGAAUCUGGUGUAGCAGAGCUUGUUUCAGCCAUGGCAGCCGGCUGGAACGCGAGAUUCAUUGUGGAGACAUGGUCACAGGGUGGCGCUACCGCGACAAGCGUUGGCCUGGCCGUUGCUAGCAGCCAUACAAAUGGAAGACAUGUAUCUAUAGUCCCCGACGAAAGAUCAAGAUUAGAAUACGUCGAGGCCUUAGAAGAAGCCGGUAUGUCACCGCCCGAAGUCAUCGUCGGGGAACCUGAGGAAGCAAUGAAUCUGUUAAACGGCAUAGAUUUCAUGGUGGUGGAUAGUCAGCGAAGGGACUUUUCCAGGGUAUUAAGGCUAGCGAAACUGAGUAACCGAGGGGCAGUUCUUAUAUGCAAGAACGCUAGUUCCAAAAAUGGUUCCAGUUUCAAAUGGAGAAGCGUGAUCGAUGAUGGUUCACGACGGCUUGUCCGUUCUGUGUUUCUUCCGGUAGGGAAAGGCUUGGACAUCGCACAUAUAGCCACCAGUGGGGGAAAUUCAGGUUCAGGCAAAGUCCAAAGGCGGUGGAUCAAACAUGUUGAUCGUCAAUCUGGGGAAGAACAUGUCAUACGAAAAUAGAACAAUCUUGUAUUUCUAGAAGAAAAAAGAAGAAGAAGAAGAAAAGCAUAAUUUGUAUAUUUGUUUCAACUUUCUUGAUCUUGACUAUUGACUUUUAUAAGAAUUUGAACCUGAAAAUUGUUUAGAACAAGUUUCCAAAUACAAUCACCUGUUUUGAUGGA